AUGGCACCACCCAAGCUGAUCAUCUUCGACUUCGAUGGAACGCUGUUUGACACUCAUCGCGCCAUCGCCCACAGUAUCACCAAGACGUUCGAAGUGCUGCUACCCUCGCACCCCCCUCGUGAAUCAGAAGUGCAGCGACUGAUUGGCAGUGGAAUGGGACUCGAAGAUACUCUUCAGGCCUUGCAUCCCGAUUCGAGCACCUUCAACAAAGAAGAAUGGGUCUCGAUGUACCGCCACCUCUACGCUAAAGAUGGACAACAACUCGUCACUCCAUUUGAUGGCGCACAGCAUCUGUUGCGGUUUUUACAGGGCCGCAGCAUUCCCGCUGCGAUCGUGAGUAAUAAAGGGGUCGCAGCAGUCGUAGCGGCUCUCAGCAACUUCGGUCUUGGCGAUUGUAUACCAGAGGCCUUGAUUGUUGGUGACAAAACCCCCGGUGCCACCAGGAAGCCGGAUCCUGCGAGUUAUAAAGGGGGGCUUCUGGAAGGCAUCGAUGCAUCGGAUGUCUUUGUGAUCGGGGAUACCGAGGCGGAUUUACGAUUUGCAUCGAAUAUUGGCGGUGCGAGAUCGGUCUGGUGUCGUUUCGGAUAUGGUGACAAGAAUAAUUGCGAGAAGCUGAAGCCAGAUGCUACGGUUGACUCGUUGGUAGAAGUGGAACAAUUGGUAGACAAGUGGUAA